ACAGAAUGUGCUCAGAGGAGAACGCAGGGGGCUGACUCAAACCAUGAAUUACGUGGGGCAGUUGGCAGGCCAGGUGUUUGUCACCGUGAAGGAACUCUACAAGGGGCUGAACCCUGCCACCCUGUCCGGAUGUAUCGACAUCAUCGUUGUCCGCCAGCCCAACGGGAGCCUGCAGUGCUCCCCUUUCCACGUGCGCUUUGGGAAGAUGGGGGUCCUGCGUUCCCGAGAGAAAGUGGUUGACAUAGAAAUCAAUGGGGAAUCCGUGGAUUUGCACAUGAAAUUGGGAGAUAAUGGAGAAGCAUUUUUUGUUCAAGAGACUGAUAAUGAUCAGGAAGUGAUCCCCAUGUACCUGGCCACCUCCCCUAUCCUGUCAGAGGGAGGGUCGCGCAUGGAGUGUCAGCUGAAAAGGAGCUCUGUAGACAGGAUCAGAAACCUGGACCCCAGCGCAUCAGCCCAGGCCUUACCUCCCAGUGAGGCCCCUUCGAGCGGCUCUUUAGUGAAGAAGAGAAGGAAAAGGAGGAGAAAGUCCCAGCUGGACACCCUGAAAAGAGACGACAACAUGAACACCUCUGAAGAUGAGGACAUGUUUCCCAUAGAGAUGAGCUCGGACGACCAGGCCGACCCGCUGGACGGCAGUAGAACUCUUCCUAACGAUAUACCUGUGUUCCAAGAAGAUGUUUCUAAAGAAAGCCCUUCCCCCAUCAUGACUUACCCUCAGUCAGCAUCGUACCCUAAUUCUGAUAGAGAGUGGUCACCCAGCGCCAGUAGCCCGAUAGAUUGCCAAAGGACUGCCCCCCGCUUGGUGGUUGCGGCCGAGGGAGGCCUUUCUAGCUCUUGCCCUCCACAGUCUUCCCACUUCCAUGCUUCGGAAAGUCCUUCAGGUUCUCGACCUUCAACACCUAAAAGCGAUUCAGAAUUGGUCAGUAAGGCCACCGAUAGGACGAUGCAGAAGAAUAACCUAGAAAUGCUUUGGCUUUGGGGAGAAUUGCCACAGGCAGCAAAGUCCUCUCCACACAAGAUGAAAGACUGCAGCCCGUUAAACAGUAGAAAAAUCUGUGAAAAGAUGCACUUUCAGACCAUCCAGAGUGAGUCUUCAGAUGCGUUUAGUGACCAGUCGCCAACCCUGGCCAGGCCUCCCGUGCUGCCCGUUCCAGAGUCGGGCAGGCCUCCCACGGAGAUGCAGCUGGUGAACGAAGAAGAUGUUGAGGCCUUGGGGGCGGCAGCCCCGCCUUUACCUACGAUCGAAGAACCCAAAUCCCUCUCUGCCAGCGUAGCCCCGAUGGCAAGCAAGACAGAUUCUCCUUCCAGGAAAAAAGACAAACGAAGCAGGCAUCUUGGUGCUGACGGCGUCUACUUGGAUGACCUCACAGAUAUGGAUCCUGAAGUGGCUGCCCUGUAUUUUCCCAAAAACGGAGAUACUUCUGGACUCUCCAAACACGCCAGCGACAACGGGGCCCGGUCUGCCAACCAGUCCCCGCAGUCCGUGGGCAGCUCUGGCAUCGACAGCGGCGUGGAGAGCACGUCGGACAGCCUGAGAGACCUGCCAUCCAUCGCCAUCUCCCUGUGCGGGGGCCUCAGCGACAAUCGGGAGAUAACCAAAGAUGCAUUUCUGGAACAAGCCGUGUCGUAUCAACAGUUUGUGGACAACCCGGCUCUCAUUGAUGACCCCAAUCUUGUGGUGAAGAUCGGGAAUAAGUAUUAUAACUGGACGACGGCAGCGCCUCUGCUCCUGGCAAUGCAGGCCUUCCAGAAACCCUUGCCAAAGGCUACUGUGGAAUCUAUCAUGAGGGAUAAGAUGCCCAGAAAGGGAGGAAGAUGGUGGUUUUCAUGGAGGGGAAGAAAUACCACAAUCAAAGAGGUAAGCAUGGAAAACAAAAGGGUAGCCAGCACUGUGGACAUCUCCAUGUGA